AUAUAUACAUAUAUAUAUAUAUAGAGAGAGAGAGAGAGAAUGGAGGUGGGGAGGAGAUCAAGAGUGAGAAUGGAAGAUGAGAGGAAAGAGGAGAAGAAAAUGGGCAGUAAAAUUGAAAUGGUUUUUAGGGUUUUGGGAUUUGUGUUGAGUUUUGUGGCAGCCAUUGUUGUGGGACUCGACGAACAAACCACCGUUCUUCCUCUUACGCUCUCUCCCGACCUCCCUCCUCUCGAUUUUACUCUCACCGCUAAAUGGUAUUACUUAUCUACUCUCGGGUAUCUUUUGGCGACAAAUAUAAUAGCAUGUUCGUAUUGCUUCAUAUCGUUGUUCUUUUUGUUAAAAGACACGAGUAACGACAACAUCUUAGUCUUAUUGGUCAUCAUUCUCGACACGGUCAUGGUGGCACUGCUCUUCUCCAGUAGCGGAGCUGCAGCGGCGGUCGGAGUCAUCGCUUACCUCGGAAACUCACACGUGCAAUGGAAUAAAGUGUGUGACAUAUAUGGUAGAUUUUGCAUACAAGUGGCAGCCUCUACUGUGCUCUCUCUUGCUGGGGCCGUAGUAUUUAUGUUGCUAGUUGUGUUGGCUACUGUGGGCCUCCAGAAAAGGCCCAGUUAAAUGGGCCGAAACUUGGGCCUAUUUUAAGCUUCUUCACAGUACAUCUAAAUGGGCUUUGGCUUUGUUUCUAAAUUUCCUCACGGCCCAUUUUAAAGAUAAUUGGGCUUAUUUAUAACGCUUGUAGCAGCCGAACUAUUUAUGUAAAAUAUUUUAUUUA